UUCCUCACUCCAUCAUGCAUCCAUCAUGCAGCUUCCUCUCUUCAUCAAAGUGCUUCCUCUCUUCAUCAAGGUGCUUCCUCUCUUCAUCAAGGUGCUUCCUCUCUUCUUCAAAGUACUUCCUCUCUUCAUCAAGUGCUUCCUCUCUUGAUCAAGAUGCUUCCUCUCUUCAACAAAGUGCUUCCUCUCUUCUUCAAAGUGCUUCCUCUCUUCUUCAAAGUACUUCCUCUCUUCAACAAGUGCUUCCCUCUUCAUCAAGAUGCUUUCCUCUCUUCAUCAAGGUGCUUCCUCUCUUCAUCAAGGUGCUUCCUCUCUUCAUCAAGAUGCUUCUCACUCCAUCAUGCAUCCAUCAUGCAGCUUCCUCUCUUCAUCAAAGUGCUUCCUCUCUUCAUCAAGGUGCUUCCUCUCUUCAUCAAGAGCUUCCUCUCUUCUUCAAAGUACUUCCUCUCUUCAACAAAGUACUUCCUCUCUUCAUCAAGGUGCUUCCUCUCUUCAACAAAGUACUUCCUCUCUACCAUAGAUGCUUCCUCUCUUCUUCAAAGUACUUCCUCUCUUCAAAUCAAAGUGAUGCUUCCUCUUUCAACAAAAUACUUUUCUCUCUUGA